AUGGCUCGGACAUCCACGCGACAGGCUGCACAAAAAGCAAAGGAAGCCAUAUCGAUAAACUCCGAGACAGGAGGGAAAGCUGCUGCUGGAUCUAAGCGAAAAGCCACAGAACCGAAAGCCUCUCAACCCAAAAAAGAGAAGAAGGAAGAACAGGGUGAACUCGAGACUGAGGUAGCUCAGGAUGCUGGAGUGGAUGGGGUUCUGGAGACAAAACCAGCAGAAGAGGAGCAAAAGUCGCACCGACUCCUGCGCCAGCUUCUGUAUCUGAGCGAGCACCGGUCACUGUCCCCGGCAGCUGCGCCGACGGCGGCACCACCGGUCUCGAUUCCAGCUGAACCGUCGAUCAAACACAGCCCUACCCCAGAGGAGGGUGGCGUUCUCAAAUCAAAAGAAAGAGAAACCCUUGUGUCAUCGACCAUCUUGGAGAAGGGCAUCAUAUACUUCUUCUUUCGGCCGCGUGUCAAUGUCGAGGAGCCCCAAGGGGUGAGCGAUGUUGCACGGAGCUUCUUUGUGCUUCGUCCAACUCCGCUCGGUGCUGAACUUGACGGGCGCCAGGGACCCCUUGACAAAGAUGCUCAAUGCCGUCUUCUCAUGCUCCCCAAGAAGAAGUUCCCUGUUUCACCCAAGGAGAGAGAUAUGGGGUUCGUGGAAAAAUCCCGACUGUCGAUGAAGGAAUUGCACGAUAGCUUCAUCGCCAGCUCAACAUAUCAGACUGCCACCCGUGGGGAGCGAACGAUUGAGGAGGCCCGGCCCUACGCCGAAGGGGUCUAUGCAAUCACGUCAACUCAGCGCUCAUCCCAUCUCGCAUAUGUGUUGACUAUCCCAGAAGAGCCGGGUCCGAUCCAGGAGGAUUUCGGCCUCCACUCACGCGGUAGCUGGAUCGUCCAAUCUAAGAACCCCAAGUUCCCUGGCCCUUCCUUCGCCCAGCUGCCUAAGGAACCACAGUAUCCGGAACAGGUGCUUCAGAAGUUUGGUGACCUCCGAUGGGUGCCUCUGGAACCCGAAUUCAUUGAGUAUCCCAAUGCCCAGUUUCUCAUGAUCGGCGAAGCCCACGAUCAUCUUGGUAAAGCUGCCACCGCGGAGGACCGCAAGCAGCCAUACGAAGAAGAGCCCGGCCAGGAACUAGAGAAGCUACAGCAAGAAAACGAGCAGCGGAUCGAUGCACUGCAGGGCGAUUUGACGAUCUACAAGGACCUUGGCCUAUGGGCAAAGCAGUACUCAGCCGUACCAACGACUUGGAACAGCUGA